UCGAGUUUGAUCAUGUGACUUGUAUAAAAUGGAGGUUAUUGACAAAAUACUCGUGUAAUACAUUAAGCAUUUAUCACUUUCACUUCCCGUAAGAAAACCAUGUGGAUAAAACCAGAAGAAGUUUUGCUUGCUAAUGCACUAUGGGUCACAGAACGAGCCAACCCUUAUUUUGUGAUGCAGAAGCGAAAAGGAUAUGGUGGUGGAGGUCUGACAGGACUUUUGGUUGGAACUCUCGACACUGUAUUGGACAAUAAGACAUAUCCAUACCGAAUAUUACAUCAAACACCAGAGUCUGAAGUUAGUUAUACUGUGGCACUGGCAGGCAAUAAGAGAGAUAUAAGUAAAGACUGGGAAUGGCUGGAGCAGAAUCUGAUGCAGACACUAGUUUCUUUUGAUUCUGAGGAUGAAGCAACAGAAUUUGUGAAAUGUAAAAUUGAAAGUCUGCUGGCAAAUCAUGUCAUCUUAAAGAAAGAUGAAGAAACGGAAAAGUUCUUAACAGCUACGAAAAAGUUCAGAAAAUUGUUCAACAUGCCAAAUGAAGAAAAACUUGUGAACUACUAUUCGUGCAGCUACUGGAAGGGCAAGGUGCCACGUCAGGGCUGGAUGUAUCUCAGUGUGAACCAUCUCUGCUUCUACUCCUUUCUCUUGGGCAAAGAGGCCAAGCUCAUUCUGAGGUGGACUGAUAUAACUAAACUCGACCGUGGAAACAACAUGCUCUUUCCAGACAGUGUCAAAGUGUCAACCCGAGACGGCGAUCACUUUUUCUCGAUGCUAUUGCAUACCAAAGAAACUUACCGCUUGAUGGAACAACUUGCCAACAUGGCCAUGAAACAACUGAUGCAGGAGGGAGGAUUUGAAGAGGACAGAUCUUUGGAGGAAAGAACAAGAAAAAAGACAUCCAAGAAAAUUUCUUCACUGAAAAGAGAUCUUGAUGCAAAGGCAAGGAGUGAAGCGUAUAGAACUGCGUUUUGCCUGCCUGGCCAAGAAAAGCUUGACGGUGAUGAAGAGUGUACUUUGUGGACUCCAUACAACAAACAGCAUGUUUGGGGAAAGCUGUACCUUUCCAACAAUUACAUCUGCUUUGCUAGCAGGGUAAGACACCUGGUUACCCUGAUAAUACCCAUGAGAGACAUUCUUCUGGUGGAAAAGGUAGAUAACUCCGUGUCUGGAAAUCUUAUCAACCAUGCUCUUCUGAUUACAACCAAAGGAAAGGUCAGUUUCACGUUUUCUCAGUUUGAGAACAGGAACUUUAUUUUAGAAAAAAUCUCAGACCUACUGUCCAGACAGCAAAGCCCUAAACGAACUGAGAGUGUAUCAUCUGAAGUUCACGGAGUUGUGGAUGAUGGAAAUGAAGAGUUCCAGCCUGCUUUGAUAAGUCUAUUCUGCAGGAGAGAUUCUGAUGAACUGUCACCUAAAGAGACUGUCAAACAGCAUCUGUGGGAUGUACACUUCUCCGAGUUUGGAAGAGGAAUGUGUAUCUACAGAACGUACCGAACACUGGAGCUCAUCCUGAAGGGAAUACCUGACAAGUACAGGGGAGAGAUUUGGAUGGUGUUUUCAGGGGCAGCUAAUGAGAUGCAGACUCACCCGGGAUACUAUGCUGAUAUUGUGCAGCAGAGUCGAGGCAAAUGUACAAUUGCCACUGAGGAGAUAGAGAGAGAUUUACACAGAUCUCUACCAGAGCACCCAGCUUUCCAGACAGACCUGGGUAUCGGAGCCUUACGGCGAGUUCUAACUUCUUAUGCUUGGAGAAAUCCAAAUAUAGGCUACUGCCAGGCCAUGAACAUUGUGACAAGUGUCCUGCUAUUGUAUUUGAGUGAGGAGGAAGCCUUCUGGUUGCUAACGGCAAUAUGUGAGCGCCUGCUUCCUGACUACUACAACACUAAAGUUGUUGGGGCACUCAUUGACCAAGGUGUGUUUGAAGACCUCAUCAAGGAGUAUCUGCCCAGUCUUCACCAGAAACUUGACACACUCGGUUUGCUCAGCAUGAUCUCACUGUCAUGGUUUCUUACUAUAUUUCUAAGUGUGAUGCCUUUCAGCUGUGCUGUAAAUAUCCUGGACUGUUUCUUCUAUGAUGGUGCCAAGGUCAUUUUUCAAGUGGCACUGGCUAUUCUAGACAGUAGGAGUGACCUUCUGCUGGCAUGUGCUGAAGAUGGGGAGGCCAUGACAGUUCUGACUGCUUACUUGGAGAACGUUGCUAACAGAGACUCAACAAUGCCACGAGUAGAUCGCACCGACAUCAGCAGUACUAAAAAAGCAGACGAGUUUACUGUUGAUGUCACUGAUCUGAUAGAAGACAGCUACCGAAAGUUUGGAAUCAUCUCAAACCAGGACAUAGAUAAGCUGAGACUGAAGUAUCGGCUUCGGGUUGUGCAGACUAUAGAAGACAAUCUGAUGAAGAAUAUCUUGAGAAGUGUUCAGAUGGAUACCUUGUUUCGUGGAAAGGAGCUAGAAGAGAUUUACAUCCUGUUCAAGGAGGAGUACCUGACCUCCUGCUACUGGCGGACUCACCAGCAGCCUGCAGACACUGGGGACAAGUACGACCCAUCACGACCCUACUAUGAUAAUUACAAGGUGGAAUUCGAUCAGUGGAAAACAAUGUUUUUUGGUCUGUCACCGUGGGCAACAGGAUCCGAGGCUGGAGUGCUUGCACUUCGAAGUUUCAGGUUCCUGGAUACAAACAAAGACAACAUGAUCAACUUCAAGGAGUUCGUGUACCUGCUUGGUGUGAUGUGUAAAGCCGACUUCAAUCAGAGACUGAAGCUGCUGUAUAUGCUGCAUCAGCCGCCAGCCCUGUGUCCUGAAGACACUGAGGAAACACCCACCUCCCCCAAGUCAGACUCGACAGAAAGUGCUCUGGAGGCAGCAGACUUCUUCGAGGAGCAGUACGAGUCGAGCAGCAAAGAAGAUUUUGAGCUGCCAAGUGCUCCGGAAUUCAACCCAGUAAAAACUGCUCCUCUCCCAAUACCAGCCAUGCCAAGAGAGAAAGUUGGGCAACCAGGGUCCUUACCACUGAGCAGUAGCAAGGAAGAGAGUACCAGCCCACUUGUUCUGGGUGGAGGCGACAGGAAAGACACCGAGUCACCAAAAAGUUUUGGAUCUUACGGUAGUCUGGCCAGGUUAUCAGCCAGGAAGCUAAAAGCAGACAGCAAGGAAGAUUUUAAAAACAUGCCUAGACUCGAUCAGUUCCAGUUUAUUCAGCUUUGGAAGACACUGUACAACAUGUUUUCUAACCACGAACAGGAACAGCAGCUAUAUCACAGCAUAGCAACAAUUGGGACCCUUCUACUGCAGAUCGGAGAAGUUGGCAAAAGAUUUAUGCUCAAAUCAGAAUCUGGAGACAGUUUUAUAUUGAUGGAGCCUGACCUGACUCUGUCAUCCAGUACAGACAGUCAUCAUGAUAUUUCCGCAAGUGCUUGCAACAUUGAAACAGACCUUUCUGACAUAUCAGCAGACAGUACAGGGAAAAGCACAGAGACAGCAACAGCUUGUGCUAAUGAAACUGAUGUCACUGCAGACCAGCCAGGGAGCCAGCAGACAUCCAAUCUAGAAGCAAGUAGUCAUGUAUCAUCCUCAGAAAGUCAGCAGUCGGGCAUGAUUUCUUCAUCUUCCAGUAAACCAGACUCGGAUUGGUCAAUAAGUUUUGAACAGUUUUUGGCCUCAAUGCUGACGGAGCCAGUGCUUGUGGACUUCUUUGAACAGACAUAUGAUGUGACUGAUGCAGUUUCACACAUGCGAAACAAGAGACUCUUAACUCGACAGAACAGUCCUUUGGAAGUUCUGUGAUUUUAAUUUUUAACAUUACUUUUGUAAAUCCAAUUCAAUAAUGUUUAGUUUUUUUUCAUUGUGGUGGAUGGGUUACUAGUUUGCACAAUAUCUUGCUAGUCUGCUAGUUGUAAUUCAAAAGGAAGCUCAACACACUUCAUCUAGUCCACAGCAAUACAAAUAAGGUUAUACAAGGUAUGUAUGUAAAGUCUUUACAACUUUUGUUUCAACUCAUGUAAUCAUCAUCAUAAUAUUAUGUUAAACAGUUUUUGACCCAGACUCAAACCAUUGGUUUUCUUUGUAAAUUUUAGUUCUAAACCAGCAUCUGGCAUCUUUCAUGAACGGAUCUGGAUAUGUGUUCACAUACUCAAACCGGGUAUUCAGAACGUUUGAGAAAGGAAGGGAUAAGUGGUCAAAUGACUGGAAAAUCGGAUCCUUGACCAAUCUAUAAUAAGAGUAGGAAAUGCUUGUCUACAUGUAGGUCAGAGGUCAUGAAAAAAACAACUAAAAGAGUGUUUUUUAAAUUUUGUCUACAGACUUAGUCUUCCAUGAAUAGGUUUUUCUUUUCAACUUUACCUGACCUCAAACUAAUCAAUUUUCCCUUUGGAACAAUAGAUUGAUCCAAACAUCCCAAGAGUUAAUAGGAUGACUUAAAACCCUCCGAGUCCUUUGCAACCUGUUCUGGCCACAUGAUAGCAGCUUCCUGGACUGGUCCACUUUUUUAAAGGGGGAAAAUGCCACAGGUCUGAAGUCCGGUUAAGUAUUCAUGAAAGAGUAAACUAUCCAAUUCUCUGACAACAGGAAAAUACUUUCUCUGCAUUCAUUGGAGUUAAAAGAAACCAACAUUGGAGUUAAAAGAAACCAACUGAGAUGAGAUCCAAUUACUGUUAGUCAUUGAUAAGAAGUCCUAUUGGAGGUUUAAUUCAGUAUGUUGUAUUUUAGCUUUGAGUGGUAUGGAAAAUAAAAAAAUAUUGUCAAAUAGAUUGAUUAUAAUAAUUCAAUUCAGAUGGGUACCAGUGAUUUUGUUUUACACUGACACAAUAGGUCAAAUCAAUGUCCAGUUAAUGUAUUAUUUGUUACACUAUGUUGGUGAAACUGUUGGUGAAACUGUAAGUAACCAUUAGUUAAUAUUAAUAACCAAUAUUGUAUUUAUUUAUUGGCAACUGUGGAAGAUCUAAUAAUUGUAAGAGUCUAGUUUUAUAGAUUGUGUCACUUAUAUUGGAAAAAUAUGCAAAAUAGUUGUAAUAAUAUUGACACUAGUUGUAUAUAAUUAAAGCUUAUAUAAUUAAGCUUUUGCAAAAUAUUUCAAUGUAAAAGAUAUUAUGGUUAAAUACUAUAUACAUGGAUUAGAAUACCCCAUCCCCAAAAAUCCUGAAAAAUUACAGGGGCUUAUUUAAAAAAUUGUCCAAAUGAGUAUGCACAUUUACACUGCUCACAGAUCUCACAAGAUCAAAACAGACCAAUGGUGAUGAAAAUAACAUAACCACAGCAAUGGUGGUUGGUAUAAAAUCCGGACUACUGGGCAAGUAUAAAAUGUGGAUUGCUGGGAUGAAACGCAGAAAAUUUUAACAAAAUCCAGAACAAAAUUGGGCUGCACAAAAAUCUGGAUAAAUCUGGACGAUUCUCAUCUAUGUAUAUACAAAAUAUGUUCUAGUCAUAUUUUUUUUUUAUUAUUAUCCACAUGGUUCAACGUAACAAGAGUUAAUAAAAAUUAUACAGAGCACACAUUUAAUAACAAAAGUAAUGACGUAACUUUUGGAAGCGACAUGUUUGUUUCGCCAGUCCUAGCUUAGACGUCAUUUCAUCAUCUCCUUCUAGUUGUGGUUGAAACAUUUUGAGACUGCCCUUGUUAUCAAUAAUAU